UCGACCCAGAAACGCAAUUCUAAUUGCAUUUGCAAGCAAACUGUAAGCCUCGGUAUUGAUUCAAAUUGCAUUAAAUGCAACCCAAAAUGCCCACGAGCAAUCUUGUGGCCAACCGAACGCACGCAUACACACACACACGCAUCUGUCCGCUGCUGAGGCAUUGGCAGAAGGAAAAAUAGUGCAAAUCAAAUUACAUAACUCGUUUAUUUGUAUAUACUUCAAGUAGUUUGAUUUACAAAAUUCUACAUCAUCUGCAUAAGCCGAAUAUCCGAUACGAUUUCAGAGUCCUCACAUACCAAGAGUCAGAGUUAAACAAGCACAAAAUCAAUCACAGCCAAGCCAGCAGGCAGGCAAGACAAGGCAGCCAGCCAUUCAGCAAGCAGGCAAAGCCAUCAAACGACGGAUAAUCCAGCCUGGAUAAUAGAAACAACCGGCGGAAGCGAAUGCGGAGAAACAUUUGAUCUUGGCCGGCAAUCAUCAUCUCUUCUCUCCUAGUGGACAAACGCAAACAAGUAAAUUUUACCAUUUCUCAUUUUAAUCAAGUCAAUCAAAAAGAAAAGAAAUAACAAGAGCAAGAACAAGAACAAAGAAUCAACAAUCCAAGGACUCACUAUCGAGUCUACUAAAUCCAAGUAUCCAAAUUGCAUAAGAAUCCGAUCCCCAUACAUAUGUGCGGAUAUAUCUUGUGAGGUGGUGCUCAGUUCUUAUUCCAUAUAAUAAUCUCGUUGCCUCACCUGGCUGAGUGCUGGCUGCUGGAGACCAGCUGCUCCAGCUCCAGCCAGGUCGGGGGAAACCAGAAACUGUUUGCCGACCCACAAGGAACGAUUAGCGAUUUUGAACCACAACCUACAGAUAUACAGAAAAGAAAACAGAUACAGAUAUUGUGUAUGCAUAGGUAUUCCGUAAAUGCGAAAACUGCAACUGCUUGAUUUAACGCGGCACAGUUUCGAAUUGCAGAUCAACCCGACAUGUCGGCCGCUCGCUUGCCCUACUAUCAGCAGGAUCAUCCGACAGACCAGCAGCGGCGCGGUGGACGCGGCCAGCGCGGCUAUCCCGAGCGCCAUGCAUCCGGCUCGCAUAGACGGGAUCGUAGCCGCUCCGUAGAGCGGCGACGCUACAGUCGCAGCCGCUCUCACUCCCGAUCUCGCAGUCGUUCCGCAGACCGUUCGGGCCAACGGCGACGACGUGACGAGCGGAACGACGAGCGACGUCAACAGCAGCCGACGCGCUACCAUCGCGAAAGGGACUCCAGGGAGCGUUCACGGGAUCGGGACCGUGACCGCGAUUACUCCAGACGCUCUGGACAUUAUUGUCGUUCAGACUCGCCUGCGUCCGGUAGCGGAGUCGGAGUCGGAGGCAGCCUUAGCUCCAGUUCCAGUCAGCGACGCCAUCGCCAAUCAUCUGGAGAUCCGAAUGGUGCACAUCCGAAUUCACACAAUGAGGCCCAGCCAGCUAACAGCAGAUCCCAUGCCAUGUCCGCGGUAGGCGCCUAUUACAACCUAGACACAGAGGAGCCAUUCGACAAGGAGCGAAUUCAUCGUGAAAUGGAGGAGAAGCUGCGCGAAGCCCUGGCCAGAGAGGGCAAAGUGUAUCCGCCACGCAAGCCUGAGCCGCCGUCGCAUCCAGUCUUUGCCAAUGAUGGCUCGUUCAUGGAGAUGUUCAAGAAAAUGCAGUCGGAGAAGAGGCAGCAGCUGCAGCUGCAGGUCGGCCAGGACUAUCAAUUGGAGAGCAGUGUGCUCGUAUCGGGCAGUACGGAACUGCAGCCACCAGUAGAGGUUAAUCCGGGCAUACCCUGUCUUCCCGCCAUUGCAGUGGGAGCUGUAAGCAGUGCGACAGCGCCCUACAUUGCCGCUGCGGCAGCCGGAAAGUCUGCUCCACCGCCACCCAUGGUGGGUAGGCGGCGCGGCGGCAAGGUGCUAAAGACCGGCAUGGUGGCCAAAUUGAAGACACAAAAUGAACAGGAAGUGGAUCCGAAAGACUUUUGGUCACUGUAUCUAGCCGAGGUCAACAAAUACAAAAGCAAUGCCUGUGACACGGACAAUGGCAAGCGUCCGUUGGUCAAGUAGGGAACAAAAGUGGAAAAAUAAACUUGAACGCAGAAGACACUACCACGCUCCCUUCAGGAGCGAUCCUUCCCUCCUUCCUUGCUUUAUUCCCCGCACCACAGCCACCAGCCAGGCUCAGACUAGGCAAAUACCCGCGCGCCUGCAAGCUCACAUUUAAAUUACUUAUGCAAAUGAUGAUAGUAGUCGUAGGAUUCGCAUUGAAUUGUAGUUUCCAAAAUGUAAAUUACGAUCAAUCGAUGUAUUUUUUUUUUAAGUUUUUUUUUAUAUACAUAUAUGUAUACAUAUAUUAGUAUGUAAGUUUGAUACACGUUAAGGGACGAAGCCGUAGCCGCUGCCUCAGUAUAAGAAUACAAAUGAUUGAAAAUAGAAUAGCUCAUAAGUAUCGUAGCGUAGUUGAUUUAUACGAAUUGUAUGUGUAACUCUUUCUAUAUUAUAUAUAUAUAUACAUACAUAAUACAUGCAUAUACAUGUGCAAGCAUAUUAUAUAGUGCAUAAUGCAUAAUGCAUAAUGCAUAGCGCGCACAAACCAUGAGGCAAAACUAACCAAUAUGAUUCUUUAUAAUCUAUCUCUUUCUCUCCGUAUACGUUCCAUGCACCAACCAAAAAAACACUCGACUUGACUCGACUCGCUUACGAAUCAUUUCCUAAUUUCCUGUUCCUUAAUUCAAUUAUUUAUAAUUUAUGUAACUUUCCACAUAUUAACCGACCUUCAACUGACUGUCAACCGACUAUCUAUCUAUCUCCUCUCUCUCUCUCUUUCCCGUCUUAUCCCCUCUCUACCUUGGUUUACAAUUUGCUUGGUUUCCUUUUAAUUUUUGUGGUGUUUUUG